GCGAGAUUUGUAGUCACCGUCAGCGCCGUCUGUAGAAAUAUUAUUGUGAGUGAUGUCAGGAAAUGUUAUGAGGAGGAUUUCGUUUUCUGUUCAGUCAUUUCCACAGCGGUAAAUUCACGGUCUGAAGAGUUAAUCAUCGGAAAGACAGAAACAGACUGUUUAUGGAAUAAACAGCUGACGACAGAAGGGAAGGGCAGAGUUUGUGGCUUCAGGAUGCCUCUGUUCUACAAGAAGAAGAAGCCAAGUGAGGAGUCCAAGAAACGCCUGGAGUAUCAGUUGUACCUGUCUAAAGAAGCCGGAGCAGAUGACAUCCUGGACAUUUCAAACUGUGAGCUUUCAGAGGUUCCGUCCAGUGUUUUCUCCAUGUGCAAGGUGCUCCAGAAAAAGGUGCUCAUCCUCUGUGGAAACGAGCUCAAGUCACUGGUCCCCAAAAGCUGUGCCAUAAGCGCUCUAGCUACUAUAAAGGUGUUGGACCUGCACGAAAACAAGCUCACUUCUCUCCCAGACGACAUUGGACAGCUGCCCUCCUUGCAGGUGUUAAAUGCAGAAAAUAACCAGAUCAAGGCACUCCCUGCGUCUAUAGGGGAUCUUCGGAAUCUACAGACGCUUAACAUGAAAGGGAACUUCCUCCGUGAGCUGCCCUCGUCUGUGGGAUGCAUGUGCAGUCUGCGCACACUGGACCUGAGUGAGAACAGCAUCAGAGAGCUGCCCAAAGAGUUGGCCAACGUUCGAACCCUGGAGAGCUUGACUCUUGAUGCGUGUGUUAUGAGCUACCCGCCUGCCUCAGUCUGCACAGCAGGCACAGAAGAAAUCCAACGCUUUCUCUGCUCAGAGCUGGGGUUGGAUUACUGUCCUCCCUCGCAGUACCUGCUGCCCGUGUUGGAAAACGAUAGCAGUAAGCCGAGCCCGGACUGUGUGGACGGGGAGGAUAUAGCCUGGCAGAGCAAAUUUAUGGAUUAUGAGAAGAGAAAGGAGCAGAAGCAGCUGGAGAAGCUGAACUUUGAGAAGGAGCUGGAAGAGAAACAGAGAGAGCAAGCACAGCUCCUUCUUCUCAACAACUCCCGCAAAGAGGGCAUGCUACUGUCUGUCAAACUGGAGCAGGAGCGUGUAGAGCAGGGUGUCACUCAGCAGCAAAAGGUCCAGGAGGCUGGGCGGCAGAAGCUGCUGGGGAAAGUUCGGCAGGCUGAAGCCAGCAUCUCCACCCGUAUCUCUACUCUGCUUCUGGACAACAAACGCCAAGCAAAAAGUGCUGAAUUUCUGCAGGCGUUAGAGGAAGAUCGAAUCCGUAUGGAGCAUCUUACUGCCAUCACACAGGAAGAAGCCAGCUCUCUGAGAAAGAGAGACGUUGCAGUUGCUAUGCAGACAAUGUUAUCAGAGAGCUACUCGGUGAGGUUACUGCAGGAGGCCAGUGAGACUAGGAGACAGAAUAUGGUCUCUGAAGCCUGCAAGAGUAUGGAGACCUUGGACAGGAAGUUUGAGCAGGUUUUGGCCCUGCAGCAGCUUGAUAAAAGCAAAGCCAUCAGCCAGAUCCUUCAGGAGGAGGAGAUGCAGAAGGCAGCCUUUGAGGCCUUGCAGCUCCAAAGGGAUAGUGUACAUGGCUACAUUCGCAACCAGAUAAGGCUAAUUGAGGCAGAGUUAAUGCAGCUCACAAAGCUGGAGGUUAAAAGGAGGAAUCUGGAUGCAGAAAUCUUACAGGAGGCAUUGGCAGAGCAGAGGACAGCUCUAUCAGAUAUACUCCAGCAGCUGCUGAAACAGAAGGACCAGAGGGAGAUGGAGCUCAAACAGAUCUUGAUGGAGCUGGAGCUGAAGAGUGACUCCACUCAGCAAAACUAUUGGAUGAUCCAGUACCAACGACUGCUGGAUGCCAAGCCACUGUCUCUGCGUAUACAGGAGGCUGGUGUGGAUAAGGACCUGGUGAACUUGCUGUAUAAGCUCUCUGCUCAGCAUUACCUGCCAAUCAUAGCUCAUCAUCGAAUCACAGCAGAGGCUCUGCGUCACAUGACCACCAAAGACCUUGGCAAGUUGGGGAUCAGUGAAGUGGGAGUACAGAAAUCUCUCCUGCACUGGGCCAGAGAACAACCGAAUUCUCCUAAGAAUUCGCCAAAGAUGUUCCAGGAGGAACAAGAACCUGGUCCGUCCAUACCCACCGCUCCUCUGCAACAGCAGCUGACCUUGCCUCUGACCCCCAGCACUCCCCUGACCCCUACAGCCCCCAGCCCACUGGACACACCUGGCACAAACGAGUGUGUGGUGUGUAUGGAGGAUAGGUCCCUGGUGGUCUUCUUACCAUGUGGUCAUAUAUGCUGCUGCCAAGUCUGCAGUGACGCCCUGCACUUGUGCCCGCUGUGCCGCAGCGACAUCUCUCAGCGCAUCCGCCUUUACCAAGGCUGAACCCGUCCAGGACCUGGUCUGACCACCCAUGCACUUUCACCUGUUUAGAAAAUCCCUGCAACUCAGAUACUCUCAUGAUGCAUGAAGUCCUAGGCUAUGAUUCCCCACAUUAAACCAGGAGCCAAUAAAUCAGGAGUAUUUCAAGUGGGAAAGGAGGCUUGCUACUAGAUAUCAAGUCACUGAACUUUAUGCAUUUCACUUAGUGAGAAUCAAAUUUCAGCAGAUAAUCAACAGCUCUGGUUGUCAUGUUAUAUAUUUGCACUAUUUUAAUACCUGUGCCUUUUUGUGUCUGGUGUGUGCUUUCCCCAAAUACUGACUGUGACUAUUAAAAAAAAUUCAUCCGCAUGAUGUUGAACUAUAUCCAUUACUAAACUUCUUCCCUAUUUCUCAUGCUUGUGACUUAUGACUUAAAGCCCCUGUUAACAUAUUUCCAUAAUUAGCUUCUUACUGUGAGCUAUAUGUUCUAUGGUGAAUGGGUCAAAGGACCCCCCCCCAUUUCCUUUUGUCCCCCCUCCCGUUUUCCGUAAUGUCAGGUCUACCACCAUACCAGUCAGACUUAGCCAUCAGCUCCAACCACAGGGACUAAACUGAUUUCUUUCCUGCCUGAUUGUCCUGUUGUACCUGAGCGUGAGCAAAACUGCAGCUAGCAUUUUUGCCAUUUUAUACACACUAUUUUAGUGUAGAAGUUUUGUGGGGGGUAAUGGGGUAAUAAUUGCCACCACACACGCUUGACACCAUCUGAACCAAAUUAGUUUAUCUUGGUCUCAUCAGACCACAGGACAUGGUUCCAGUAAUCCAUGUCCUUAGUCUGCUUGUCUUCAGCAAACUGUUUGCGGGCUUUUUUGUGCAUCAUCUUUAGAAGAGGCUUCCUUCUGGGAUGACAGCCAUGCAGACCAAUUUGGUGCAGUGUGUGGCGUAUGGUCUGAGCACUGACAGGCUGACCCCCACCCCUUCAACCUCUACAGCAAUGCUGGCAGCACUCAUACGUCUAUUUCCCAAAGACAACCUCUGGAUAUGACGCUGAGCACGUGCACUCAACUUCUUUGCUCGACCAUGGUGAGGCCUGUUCUGAGUGGAACCUGUCCUGUUAAACUGCUGUAUGGUCUUGGCCACCGUGCUGCAGCUCAGUGUCAGGGUCUUGGCAAUCUUCUUAUAGCCUAGGCCAUCUUUAUGUAGAGCAACAAUUCUUUUUUCAGAUCCUCAGAGAGUUCUUUGCCAUGAGGUGCCAUGUUGAACUUCCAGUGACCAGUAUGGGGGAGUGUGAGAGCGAUGACACCAAACUUAACACACCUGCUCCCCAUUCACACCUGAGACCUUGUAACACUAACAAGUCACAUGACAGCGGGGAGGGAAAAUGGAUAAUUGGGCCCAAUUUGGACAUUUUCACUUAGGGGUAUACUCACUUUUCUUGCCAGCGGUUUAGACAUUAAUGGCUGUGUGUUGAGUUAUUUUGAGGGGACAGCAAAUUUACACUGUUACACAAGCUGUACACUCACUACUUUACAUUGUAGCAAAGUGUCAUUUCUUCAGUGUUGUCACAUGAAAAGAUAUAAUCAAAUAUUUACAAAAAUGUGAGGGGUGUACUCACUUUUGUGAGAUACUGUAAACGUGUAUUUACAUUGCCUGAAUUCCAUUACACUCCAUGGCCCAUAACCACAUUGAAGGUGUAUUUAAAUCACUUAUUUCUUAAAUACUUCCUCGCUCCAAAGCUAUGGUUAGGCAUAUAAAAUAUCUACAUGUUUUGCAGUGUUAGUGUCUCAGUUAUUGUGGGAUAUUCUGACCAGCAGCAGUCUUUAGGUCAUGCUUGCUGUUGUUUUAGUUGGCCAGCCUCCAUCUAGGCACCUCCAGGGUGUUUUUAGGUGCUGUGGUGAUUUGUAUUUCUGUAAGAAACUUAAUUCUGCAUUGGUGGUGUUUGCCAAGUCUUUGGAAAACACUAAAUAUUCUUUCCUGUGUCUUCAAUUUGUUGAAAGUUUGUUUAAGGGGUGAAUUUUUCAUAUAUAGACUUUUUUUUACCCUCAUUCACUGAAGUGCUCUUAUAACCAAGCAUGCUUUAAGACGUCUGUCUCAUCUAGAAAUCAGUCACUUAGCAUGUCAUAUUAAAUAUAAACUAUUUGAAUGAUUAAUUUCAACAAGGAAAAAAAAAUAUUUACAGUGGGAUAGGAUUAUUGUGCAGAAGUCUACGUCUUGAAUUAUUUAUGUUUAAGGGAAUUUAAAUGUGCAGUGGUUGUAAAGUACUUUUAAAGUGUUUAGAAUAAAUGUAACGACACUGGUACAAUAAAAAUAAAAGGAAAAUUUGGUGUGUUUGUGGUGGAACAUUUGGGGGGGGGCAAAUGGGUAAAAGAAAACACUGAAACCAUGUGACUCAUCGCGCUUUAUCUUUAAGAAAGCAGCUAAUGCAGAAGUCCAUUCAACCACUGCAAACAUGAGUGUGAGAGGCAGUAUGAUGGUCAUGUAUAGUAUUAAAUCAUCCAUCUCAGACCACUGAGCUGAGUAUAAGUACUGCUGUGUGAGACUGGGAAAAGCAGCAGUCAUAGACUUAGAGGGAAGAACAUGCCAUUCUACCAAAAGGUCACAAACAUUUUAUUUUUGUUGUAGUAAUUAAUGUAUUGUUCUUUUCUAUUGAUUGUAGUGAUGUAUGGUGGAGACUUGAUAAAACAUGCAUUGCAUUUCUCAGGAGGCCCAAGACUUUCGCACAGUACUGUAUAAGCAUUGUCAAUCAUUUUAAAUAUAAAAAUCUGUUCCCAAGGCACUCAGUUGUGUUUAUGCACUACUGAAUAUUGCUGUCAUACAUGUAUCCCUGUAUGUGGUUCUAACCCUUAUUGUGAAAUGUUCCAUAAUCCUGAAUAAGAAAGCUUAUCUAAGGCUAACACAUUCUGUUAAUCAGACCUGCAGAGAGAUAGAGACUCAUGUAGCAAAAGCAAAAUCAGCAGCGAUUAUAUACAGUAUUCCUUCUCAUUAAAACUGACUAAUACAUCAUUAUUUGUGAAAACAUUAAAAGCGCUUGCAUAAGA